AUGGCGGCGGGGUCGGUGCGUCAGGUGGUGGCGGAGCUGCAGGCGCGCCUGGCCACCAGCCCCGACCCGGAGCGGUUGCGGAGAGACCUGAAGAGACUCUCCGCCAUGCCUAUCUCCGUAGCCAUUCUCGCCGACACCGGGGUCGGCAAGACAGUCAACCGCCUGUGCAAACUCGAGCAGGUCGGAAGCCUUGCCAGGGACUUGGUGGCCCAGUGGAAGAAGCUGGUUCCUGUGGCAGGAAACGCUGAGCCCGAUGAAAGGGUCUUGGAGAAGAGCGGUCCCCGAAAGCGCCCCAGGGACGCCCUUCAGAAGGGGGCGGAAAUGCCAGGAGACCACCAAGCACACGGCAAAGCCUCCAGCGGCCCAUCGGACGGCUCUGAGCACAGACGGAGAAAACACAGAAACCCCCCAGAGCUCGAGAGGCCCCACCAAGAGUCCCACAGUCGUGAGAGGGCAGAGGAGACAAAGAAGUGCCACAGAGUUUCUCCAGUUUAUUCUUCGGAGCAGGAAUUUUCUGGUUAUGGCCAGUCUCCUCCAUCGGCUGCCGGUCCUCAUCAGACGUCCAGGGACCAUCGCGGACGCCCGGCCGAGGGCCACGUUGCACGCCAGAGGCCUGGAGAAGGCCACUCUGAUGCCUCUCAGGACAGACGGCGACUCAGCCAAGAACGGCACCCGGGUGCACCCCAGGGGGAAGCGGCUGUGAGUCAAAGCAAGGGGCACCAAUCUUCCCACCAGGACAAACGCCCAGUGGGUGCCAAGGGACAGAAGUCCUCGGCUUUGAUCAGUCGGAAAUCACAGCAGGCCUUCCCCAGAGAGGACAGCCCAAGGCCUCUCUUCCGGGAGAGCGCAAAGGAGAAGCCGCCCUCUAGUGGCCUCGAGAAAGAGAAGGGGAGAGAGGGCCGCCGUGUCCGGAAGUUCUCACCCGCCUCCGAGGUGGCUUCAGACCACCACCUCAAAAAGCGAAAGCGCGGGGACUCAGAGAAACCCAAAUCGGACCAAAACAAGCCAAGUCUAGACACCUUAGACGUGGGAAAGGGGCCAGGAGGCCUGUUGCCCAAGGUAAAAGAGAAAGUUUCUAGCAACCUAAAGACUCAAGAUGGGAAAGUCAAAACGCCUCAUUUGGAUAGAAAGCCGGUGGGCUCCCCCCCUGAAGUUGAGGAGGCAGAUAUGGAUGAUGAAUUCCAGCCGCCCACCGGGUCUUUUGAGUCAUACCUCAACUACGAUCAGCCCCCAAAGAAAAAGAAAAAGACUAUGAAAACUUCAGCCACUGGUCUUAAAGAAAAGGGACCUGAAAAGAAGGAUUCUAAAAGCACUAGUGAAAACUUGAACUCAGUUCAGGAAUUACCUAAGGUGAAUGAAAACUCAGAGAAGCUGCAGCCGCCUGGAGCUGACGGGGCAGAGCUGAAGAAGGUCCCCACUGAUGCGUUUCCAGUGUUGCCAGACCUCCCAUUGCCCAGCAUCCAGGCCAGUUGCCGUGCGCUUCCUGCCUUUGAAUGGAUGCCCUCCUUCCAGCCAAAGCCAAAAGCACUGUCUUCCCCCAAGGAAGAGGAAGAAGCCGGUUUUACUGGCCGCAGAACGAAUUCCAAGACGCAGGUGUUUUCUGGUUCCAAGUGUGCGUCUCUCGCCAAAAUGAUGACCUUGCGCCAGCAGUGCAUCCGGGUACUCAAAAACAACCUCGACUCAAUCUUUGAAGUGGGAGGAGUCCCGUAUUCCGUUCUUGAACCCGUUUUGGAGAGUUGUACCCCUGAUCAGCUGUAUCGCAUAGAGAAAUACAAUCACGUACUAGUUGAAGAAACAGAUGAAUUAUGGAAAAUUCAUUGUCGCCAAACCUUCAAGAAAGAAAGGCAGGAAGAGCAUGAGUCCUGGCGGGAGAUGUACCUGCGGCUUCAGGAUGCCAGAGAGCAGCGGCUACGAGAACUGACAGUGAACAUCCGGUCUGCACAGGCUGAUAUGCCCAAAGGCCGACAAACAAAGAUGGUCCUUUUCAACUCUGUGGCCAAGCCGCCUUCUGGCGUUCCAAGGAGGCAGAAGUUUGGAACAGGAGGAGCAGCUGUCUGGGAAAAAGCCUUGAUCAAGCCAGCCCCAGACACCACAGGAAGCAGCCCUGCGCCCUCCCGCAGUGCCAGCAGCAACAGCAUUAACCUCAUCUCUGAGAAGCUGGGCUCUGACUGCCCAGGCACCACCAGUGCCCAGCUGGUGCAGGUGGUCAGCAGCAGGAAACCUGGGAAGAAAAUUGCCCCAUUGAUGGCCAAGACAAUCAAAGAUUUCAAGAAGAGAUUCUCCCGACGAUAA